UAUGUGCACGCAUCAGACUCUCUCAGCUCUUGGACUGUGGACUUCAGCUCAUGAAUGUACUGAGAAAAAUUAUUAAAGAUUUAUUAGCUCUGUCUGAAGAAAACAAAAUUAAACACGUGUGUCUUUACACUGUCUCUGGGAAUCAUGUCUGGACAAAAGCAGAAUUUGUUGUGGCUGAUGAUCAUCUGUUGUGCUCUCUGCCAGAUAAGUACAGACAGCUCAAAAAAUCUGAUAAUCCAAGUCAAUACAUCAGAUCAUUGUUUCUUGAACAGCAUUAGCUCACCAUAUCCAGAUAUAUGUCUCACAGCUCGUGAAUCAACAGCAAUUUUCACAAUAAACAUCUCUUCUUUUGGACAAUGCAGAUCAUACAGUUUCAACAUAACAAAACAGGGGCAGGAUUAUGAAUUCAGAAUGAACGAGACGGUUGAAGGCAUAAAACUAACAAAGGAUAAUUGUCUGUCAUCACGUCUGCAUUCAGAAGGAGGUGUGAAUUGCCAGCCAGGUGGUAGCAUAAUUAGCAUCACAAGAAUAAAUCAACAGACAGUUUGUCAGAACAUUGAUCCUGUAGAUCCCAGAGAGAAAUGUAGUAAUGCCCUGUUUGACAAGAAAACAUGCAAAGAGAAUGAAAGAAACAAAUACAUUCUGAGUCAAAACGGGAAUAGCAACUGGAAGUGUGUGUCCUGCGAGAAAAGAGCAAUCUUCAAUAUAACUACAAAUCUAAGAGACAAUGAUGGAAUUUAUAUUCCCUCAAAAGCAUCAGACGCCUUGAACAGUCUGAAGUCUAAGAUAGAAGAGAUGUUACAAAGCAAUACAAGCAAUGUGGCGAUUGUCAUGGAGGACGUUAUUGGUCUUCUUCAUAUCCAAGACAAGAACACAGAAACCAAAGACAUAUGCUACUCUUCAAAAGAGGACGUGAUAAACGUUUUUGAUUGUCAAAGUGACCUGAAGGCUGGUUUUCCCUGGUUUGUGAAGAUUUCCAGUGAAGCCUUUAAUAAAUCACGACGGGAAAACAAUGGAACAGCUUUUGUUGGGAUUCUACAAUUUAAAAACAUGAGAAAUACGAAUGGAACUCAAAAUUACAGUAUUUUGAACAAUGUGGUUUAUGGAGUAACGAUGGGGGCUAAUAUACACAACCUUACCAACUCUAUUGACAUGACCUUUGAACAUAAGGAUAAGGUCAGUAAUGAGUCCUGUGUUUCUUGGGAUGGCAAAGGAGAACUUAAUUGGACGACGUUCGGCUGUGUGACAGAAACAAUCGACAGCAACACCAUAAAGUGUUCCUGUUCACAUCUGACCUUCUUUGCAGUGCUGAUGAUCCCUCAGUCAGAUGUAAGUAACGACCCAGUGCCGGAUCUGGAAUCACUGACUUUAAUCACUUCUAUCGGCUGCGGCAUCUCCAUGUUUUUUAUGGCCAUCGCUUUAUUCAUGCAUUUCCUGCUACGGAAAGCCAAAUCAAAUCAGGCCACGAAGAUCCUGAUGAACAUGUUUGUGGCUUUGUCUCUACUGAAUGCCUCGUUUUUGUCAAACGAGAGCGUCGCUAACACAGGAGACAACGCUGCGUGUGUCUUCAUAGCGCUGCUCCUGCAUUACUCCAUGCUGGCCUCAUUCACCUGGUUCUUCAUUCAAGCUCUUCAUAUGUACUUAUGGCUCAUCAGACAGAACGUCUCCAUCACAAACUACAUGAGGAAGAUCACCGUGUUGGGCUGGGUGUUUCCCACUCCAAUAGUCAUAGCUAUUGCUUCUGUAGGAGAAUAUAAAACAGUGAUCAUAAAAUCAACAUCUGGAAAAAUUUCACGAAUGUGCUGGAUUACAAAUCCCGUCAUUCUCUACAUAGUGAACAUCGGCUACUAUGCUUUAGUUUUCAUCUUCACGACAGGAAUCUUCAUCACUAUAUUAACUAGAGUUGUUCAGGCCAGACGCCUAAGAGCAAUUGACGGCAAGAGAAAGACGUUCAGAAAGCAGCUGAUGAUGGUGUUGAGUUUGUUCCUGCUCUUCGGUCUGACGUGGUCUGUGGCGUUCUUCAGUUAUGGGCCGAUGCGCAUUCCCUCAUAUUACAUUUUCACUGUGCUGAACUCGUUUCAGGGGUUUUUCCUCUUCUUGUAUUACUACUACAUUCACAAUGACGUUGAGGGUCGUUUCUCUGAUGAUCCAAGAAGCUCCGGCUCCACCACAACAAUGGUUCCACCCAACAUGAAUGGUCUGGAAAAUGUUUAUAAUUAUCCUAAUUAAAACAGAACACCACCUAUUAGUUUCUUAGACAGCUGAUAAGUAAACAGCAGACUUCCAGAAUACUAGUUGUCCUGUGUGUUUAAUAAUAUUCUGUAUGGUGAUGGGAAUAUCAUUUAUAAUGGGAUCAUAAAUGGGAUUGUUAGCUUUUAAGACAUUUUAAACAAAGUUAAUUUAACAUGUACAUGAGCAUUGUAACUGGAAGCAACAAGUCUCAUAUUUUUUGUAUUUGUGACUUUAGAGUAACUGUAAUUGUAGUCAUGAAAUAUAGAUUGUUUGACUCAUAAUAAACAUUAUUUCAUUUAUUAUUAGAUGUUGAUGUAUUAGGAGUAAAGAUGUCAAAUAAAAGGUUUUGGUUCAAAUAAUUCUAAU